AUGGCAACGGCAGCACUAGCAGCAGCAACUAAUGGAUCAGCCCUCCCUAACUGCCCCAACUGGUGUGGAGAUGUUGAAAUUCCAUAUCCAUUUGGUAUAGGUGAAGGUUGCUACCUAAAUAAAAACUUUUCUGUCAAUUGCACCAAAUCAUGGGACGGACGACUCCGACCUCAGGUGGGUGACGUUGUUGUCCAAAAGAUUUCCAUCCAAGGCCAGAUUGACAUGUUCAUGAAGAUUGUCGAGGUCUGUAACAACGGGUCGGAGCUCUCGACAAACUUCCAGUACUCCACUCGUCUGAGAGUCUCCUCCAAUGCUUUUACCAUUUCUAACACCCAAAACCUGUUCAUUGCUGUUGGCUGCGAUACAUAUGCAUUCCUUUAUGGUAACCAGAACAAUGAAAAUUUCUCCAUGGGCUGCAUGUCCAUUUGCCAGAAUCAAAGCAUUGUUUUGAAUGGGAGUUGCUCUGGAAUGGGUUGUUGCUGGUUAGAGAUCCCGGAAAGAUUGAGCAAUAUCAGGUUGGAAGUACGUACACAUAGCUACAGAAAUCACACAAAAGUAUUGAACUUCAAUCCCUGCAGCUAUGCUUUCGUUGUUAAGAAACAACUGUUCAAGUUCUCCCCCAUUUAUCUUUCCAGUCUCCAAAUUAAUAGAACCAUUCCGAUGGUACUUGAUUGGACGAUCGGCAAUGAAAGGUGUAAGUAUGCUCAGCUCAAGACUGAUUACAUAUGUGGAGGGAACAGCACAUGUGAUGAUCCUGAAAAUGGCUAUGGAUACCGUUGCCAGUGCAAGAAGGGUUACGAGGGCAACCCCUACCUCCCACUUGGUUGCAAAGAUGUUGAUGAGUGCAUUUCACUUGAGAAACCUUGCGCUGGUCGUAAUGCAAGAUGCAUCAACACUGAUGGAAGUUACACAUGUGCUAGUACAGGCCUUGGGGUAUUAUUUCUACUUAUUGGUGGAUGGGGGUCAUACAAAGUGGUGAAAAAAAGGAAAAGGAUUGAACGUAGGAAAGAGUUCUUCAAACGAAAUGGCGGACUGUUGUUACAACAUCAAAUAUCUCAAAGUGAAUUGAAUGUUGAGAACACGAAAUUAUUUAAUUCAAAGGACUUGGAGAGAGCCACAGACCAUUUUAAUGUUAAUAGAAUACUUGGUCAAGGAGGACAAGGCACUGUUUACAAAGGUAUGUUAGACGAUGGAAGAAUUGUUGCUGUGAAAAAGUCAAAGAUAACUGAUGAAGGAAAGCUUCAAGAAUUCAUUAAUGAAGUUGUCGUUCUUUCACAAAUUAAUCAUAGGAACAUUGUUAAACUACUAGGUUGUUGCUUGGAGACAGAAGUGCCUUUACUAGUGUAUGAAUUUGUUCCUAAUGGUACUCUCUCGAAAUAUCUAAGUGAUCAAAAUGAGGAGUUUCCACUAACAUGGGAUAUGCGCUUACGAAUUGCCAUAGAAAUUGCAGGAGCUCUCUACUAUUUACACUCAGAAGCUUCAUUACGCAUUUACCAUCGAGACAUUAAGUCAACGAACAUUCUCUUAGAUGAUAAAUAUAGGGCAAAACUAGCAGAUUUUGGGACUUCAAGAUCUGUUGAUAUUGAUCAAACUCACUUGACUACACUAGUGCAUGGAACUUUUGGAUACUUGGAUCCGGAGUAUUUUCAAUCAAGUCAAUUUACAGAAAAGAGCGAUGUUUAUAGUUUUGGUGUUGUCCUUGUUGAGCUUUUAACAGGAGAAAAAGCUGUCUCUUUGACAAGGGCACCAGAACCCAGAGGUUUAGCCUCGUAUUUUAUUGACUCGAUGGAAGAAAACAAUUUGUUUGAUAUUCUUGAUAAACGAAUUCUGAAGGAAGCUGUAGAAGAAGAGCUCAUUGCAGUCGCAAACCUUGCAAAAAGGUGCCUGAGCUUGGAUGGAAAGAAACGACCUACGAUGAAAGAAGUCUCAAUGGAGUUGGAGGCAGUAAAAAUAUCACAAAAAGCUUCAAGCCUUGAAAUGUUAAAAAGAGAUGAUAGGCCUACUGUGAAGGAGGUGGUGGUGAUGCUGGAUGGACUAAGAGGUAAAGGAAAGCAAACAAGGAAAGAAGCUAAUCUCAACGAAGAAGAGACAGAGCAUUUGCUUAGUUCAUCCGCACGGUACUCUUUAAACAUUGAUGUUGGUGUUGGCUAUUCUUCCGCAAGUACCAUUUGA